AUGUCAAAUACGCUAGCAGAUUUACGUGGCUUCGUCUGCCUUGUGACUGGCGCAAGCAGGGGAAUAGGCCGUGGAAUCGCGGUGGGACUAGGCGAAUGUGGGGCUACAGUGUAUAUCACGGCUCGCACUCUCAGACCCAAAGGUGAAUCUGGAGACAGCGCAGCGCCUGGAAGCCUUGAAGAAACUGCUUCUGAAAUAACUGCUCGAGGUGGUGUGGCGAUUCCUGUUGUCGUGGAUCACUCCGAUGACGCUCAAGUUACGGAACUCUUCGCGCGUAUUCGGCGCGAACAAAGAGGCCGUCUUGAUAUUUUAGUGAACAAUGUCUACGCAGGCGUUGAUACUCUCGCAUCUCCACCGACGAAAAAUCGAAAGUACUGGCACAUGUCUGACGAUGAGACACCCGCUUCUCUUUGGGAUGCCGUCAACGGAGUUGGCCUCCGCAACCACUACAUCUGUUCCGCUCUUGCUACUCGCAUGAUGCUGGAAUACCGCGACGAGUUGGAAGACGGUGAUGAUAAAAAGGCACCUAAAAAGGAGCCUCGUCCAGGCAUAAUUUUCAACAUUUCUUCAAUCGGAGGUCUGCGUUACGCUUUUGCUGCUGUUUAUGGCAUCGGCAAGUCAAUUCCCUGCAAAUGCGCCGUUGACCGGAUGUCUUCUGAUUUGUCGACCGAAUUGGAGUCUUGCGGGAAGAGCGUCUCCGUGAUGUCAAUUUGGCCUGGUAUUGUGCGAACAGAACUGUUGAUGAAGUACGCUAAGAAGGCCGGUGACGCCUUCCCCUUCGACGUCAACACUCACUCCGAAUCACCGGAGUUCACAGGUCGCGUGUUGGCGGAAAUCGCGAAGGAAUCGCGGGCCGAUAUAAUGUCGCGUUCUGGUCGCGUGUUCGUCGUAGCCGACGUUGCUUCCUCGAAGGGCAUCACGGACAUCGAUGGACGCUCGCCGUUGAGUUUUCGUUCAUACAAGUAUGUCCUGUCGGCUUUCAACUGGGUGUCUUUGAAUAUCGAUUAG